GGUUACCUCUGUCUGUAGCUAAGGCGGGGGGAUUAUCGCCGAGCAUGCUCCCUGCGCCGCUGCGCCCCGCCGGCUUCCCGGAGGAUUUGCGGAGGGACCGUAACCUUUGCAUAACAGCCGGGGCCGGCGGGGGACGGAGCGGGCAGAGCCCGCGGGACCGUCCUGCCGCCGCCACCGGGCGAGGCUGCCGUCCCCAUCGGCUCCUCUGGGCUCCAUCCGAGUAGAUGGGAAAUAGCCCAAAGUGCCCCAGAGCAGCGGAGAGGGUGGCAGCAGUUCUGGUUGCACCAUGGCCGAGCCAAAGUCUGUGUGUGUUUCUGUGGACGAGGUGGUCUCCAAUGGCACAGACACCCAGGACAUCCGACUCAUCAAUGGACACUUAAAAAAAGUGGACAAUGCUCUGACAGAAGCUCACAGGUUCUCCUACCUGCCCCGCAGGCCAGCUGUGAACAUUGAGUUUAAAGAACUGUCCUACUCUAUCCAGGAAGGGCCAUGGUGGAGAAAGAAAGGUUAUAAGACCCUUUUGAAAGGAAUUUCAGGGAAGUUCAGCAGUGGAGAACUCGUUGCAAUUAUGGGACCUUCAGGAGCUGGGAAGUCAACGCUUAUGAAUAUUCUGGCAGGAUACAGAGAAACGGGGAUGAAAGGAGAAAUCCUCAUCAACGGGCAACCCCGCGACCUGCGCUCCUUCCGCAAGGUCUCCUGCUACAUCAUGCAGGAUGACAUGCUCCUUCCUCACCUCACUGUCCAGGAAGCUAUGAUGGUAUCUGCUCAUCUGAAACUUCAAGAGAAAGAUGAAGGGAGGAGAGAAAUGGUGAAGGAAAUCCUGACAGCCCUUGGUUUGCUGGCAUGUGCCAACACCAGGACUGGGAGUCUCUCAGGAGGCCAGAGGAAGCGCCUCGCCAUCGCUCUGGAGCUGGUGAACAACCCUCCUGUCAUGUUCUUCGAUGAACCAACCAGUGGCUUGGACAGUGCAUCAUGUUUCCAGGUGGUCUCUCUGAUGAAGGCUUUGGCCCAGGGUGGCAGAUCCAUCAUCUGCACGAUUCACCAGCCCAGUGCAAAACUGUUUGAGCUCUUUGACCAGCUCUAUGUUCUAAGUCAAGGUCAGUGCAUUUACCGUGGGAAGGUGACAAACCUCGUCCCUUACCUGAGAGAUUUGGGAUUGAAUUGUCCAACCUACCACAACCCAGCAGAUUUUGUGAUGGAAGUGGCCUCGGGUGAGUACGGGGACCAGAACAGCCGCCUGGUCAGGGCUGUGAGGGAGAGGAUUUGUGACACAGACUACAAGAGAGACGUGGUUGGGGAGCACGAACUGAACCCCUUCCUCUGGCACCGGCCCUCUGAAGAGGACUCAUCCUCCACAGAAGGCUGCCACAGCUUCUCUGCCAGCUGCCUAACCCAGUUCUGCAUCCUCUUCAAAAGAACUUUCCUCACCAUCAUGAGGGACUCGGUCCUGACACACUUGAGGAUCACCUCACACAUUGGCAUUGGGCUGCUCAUUGGAUUGCUCUACUUGGGCAUUGGCAAUGAAGCCAAGAAAGUCCUCAGCAACUCGGGGUUCCUCUUCUUCUCCAUGUUGUUCCUCAUGUUUGCUGCGCUCAUGCCGACCGUCCUCACCUUUCCCCUUGAGAUGGGAGUGUUUCUCAGAGAGCACCUGAACUACUGGUACAGCCUAAAAGCCUAUUACCUCGCCAAAACCAUGGCUGAUGUUCCUUUUCAGAUCAUGUUCCCUGUGGCUUACUGCAGUAUCGUGUACUGGAUGACUUCCCAGCCCUCCGACGCGCUCCGCUUUGUCCUCUUCGCAGCCCUGGGGACCAUGACAUCCCUGGUGGCUCAAUCAUUGGGCCUGCUCAUAGGUGCAGCCUCCACAUCCCUCCAGGUGGCAACUUUUGUGGGCCCAGUUACUGCCAUCCCAGUCCUCCUGUUCUCUGGGUUUUUUGUCAGCUUUGACACCAUCCCAACAUACCUCCAGUGGAUGUCCUACAUUUCCUAUGUCAGAUAUGGGUUCGAAGGAGUCAUCCUCUCCAUCUACGGACUGGAUCGAGAAGAUCUGCAUUGUGACAAAGAUGACACCUGCCACUUCCAAAAAUCAGAGGCCAUCCUGAAAGAACUGGAUGUAGAAAAUGCCAAACUUUACCUGGACUUCAUUGUUCUUGGGAUUUUCUUCUUCUCUCUGCGCCUGAUUGCCUAUUUUGUCCUCAGAUACAAAAUCCGAGCGGAGAGGUAAAGGAAAAGCAGCUGGAGAGAUGCAGUAGGAGAACUUUAGACACGCAAUAGAGGGCACUUGACAUUGUCUCACUGUGGCAGGCUGGUCCCCAGUGCCCAGCCAGAUGCUGUCCUGACCGAGCCCAUGGAGAGCCACAAGGGAUAGUGAACAUUCAGUGUUAAGCCAAUCAGUCCAGUUGGGUUGGGUCAUGUUUUCAUUACACUUUCUAGCUUUAACUAGGAAGAAGAACUAGAAGGGAAUUUUAUACCACAAGAAUAUCAAUACUGAGAAACAAGAAACCUGGCUGCAGGAGCUUUCCUUAUGAAAACCAAUUUUGGGAUAAAGCUGCCAGGAUCCCAGUCCUGGUGGCCAGAAUAGUGAAAUGACAUCUCUAGUUACAAGGUAGUGAGAUGCAAAAUGAGGAAUGCAAAGAAAAUAGGAUUCUCUCAUCUUUUUAAAUUUCAUCUUUGCAGUUUUCUAUGUAUUAUUUUGCAAUUCUUUUCCACAGAAUUACCCCUUCUGGCUAAAAGUCUGUAAAUGUAUUAAUAAGGUAAAGAUAUCUUUUUAAUAUGGAUACUUUUUUAAAAGAAACCUGAAGUGAUUCAAGUAAUUAUUUUUGUUUCUGUCUGAAUUUAGAAUUCUGGUGCUUUACUUGUCGAGCUGGUCUCAUAUCUGAAAACUGUAAUGAUAGGAGAAAAAGGCAGGUUCUGAAUCUGCACUAAACCUGUGGUCCCAUUUGGAAGCAGCACCGGGUAGCACAUGCAGUUAGACAUGGUCAAGCUGUCACUGAAUGGUUGAAAAAAAAAUAUUCUUUUGCAGUGUCUUUAAAUCCUUAGUUUUUGUGGUAUUUUGGGAUACUGGCUCUGUUCAUUAUCUGUUUGAUCUACCUCCUGCGACUGAAGAAAAUCAAAGCACUCCAAAGGCUUAUUUUUAAUUAAAUUGUGAAAGCAGGAUCUGUCCCUAAAGUGAUUGUUAAAGGAGUGCAAGAGCUGUCCACAGAUCAAAGCUUGGGCUACUGUGUUAUAACACCUGUGACUGCCUCAUCCAGAGGUGUUCAUUGUAUCUGCAGCACACUCUGUGUGGGACUCUCCCAAAAAUACACAAAUGACCUUGUAACGCUGCAGCUCUAAUUAUGCCAGGCACUUUUCUUCUCAUCCCUAAAUCUACAUGCACAACAUGAGAAUCUGAACACCAAUGAAACUGUUAUUUUGGGUAUCUCACCUCUGUAAAUUUGGCAGAGGGAAUUCUGGUUCCAAGCUGAUGAGAAUUUUCUCACCAAUUUUCAUGGGUUUGGAUCUUCAACCCAAAAUUAAUCCACCAUCCUCAUGUUGGGCACCUUGGUGAGCUUUGGUGCAAAUUGCACAGCUUUCUGCCAUGACUGUGAAUUUUUUUGGGUGUCCCAGACCCCUGAGUGAGGCCUGCACGUUCUGUCAAUGCAUUUUUCCCUUAAGGAUGCUGAACUCUUGCAGGUUGGAUGCAGCUCAAUGUCAGCAAACCCUUGAGGAGCCCAGCAGCUCAUGGCAGCAGGGCAGAUAAGAGGGACCUGGUGCAUCUUCUGUCCUCCAGCAGUCAAAAAUCCACAGACUUUUCCAAGACUCCAUGGCUGUGUCUAUCCUACUGAAAUAAAUAAUGCCAGGUUCAGCUCUGUUAGUUCUCACACACCUGGGGCUAUAGGAAUAGGCCCUGUACUGACUUUUACACAGCCCAAACACUGUCUGCAAAAGCUCUGGCUGUGCUGGGCUGCAGCUCUGCCAUUUAGCAGGGAAAAAAAUUGUUUCCCAGUUUUCCUGACCCAUGCCCAGGCUAUGUUUGAUUUACCAAUACACAGACUGCAUGUAUCUGUUAAACUCAGGACAUCUGAACUAAGCCUGGGGUCUGGAAGGCUUUAAAUUAAGUCACAUAUUUUAGAAAGGCUAGCUGAACUUUCCCUGAAAAUAAGGUUUACCUGUGAAAGCAAAAUCAAUCUUUACUGCAGAAGAAAAAAACAAAUCCCUUGCACAGCCUCUUUGCAUAAUUUUUGUUGUUGUUUUUUCUCAAAAAGCUUUUUACAGCUUUGCAGAUUUUCUAGGCAUAAUCACGAGCAGGUACAAACCUAUAUGGCUGUCAGAUUUGAGAAAUUAAGAAUUUGAGCUAUUCUAAAUAAUACUCAUGGCUGUGAACGGUUUUUAAACAAGGCACAAGCUGAAAUCCCUUUAGCACAACGUGCCUUGAUUAUUUCAAGACUCUCAAUGUAUUUGUGACUAUUACAGGCAGUUCAAGCACUUUUUGCAAGCAGACAAAGGUACAUUGGCCAAAUUAUUCUUGGGUUGCAGACUUGUGGUCCAAGCUGAGGUCAAAGAGUGUGACAUCCCUGGCACUGAAUACCUUCAGGGUUCAUGUUUUGUGUUUACCAGCACCAUUUACCAAAUUCCACCCUGACAAUCCCCUCAGUGCUCCAAAUGAGGGAACUUUGCUGGCAUUUCCACACUGGUAUCUUGCAGGAUGCUGUUCUCUCCCAUCUAGACCAGUUUAGCUGCAUGAAUUCCUUGGAUGCUGUCUUGUUAUCUGUGCCUGUUCCUCUGGUUUUAGACUGUCUCAUUUUAUGUUUGUAGCCUCCAGCGUGUCCUCCUAUACUGUAAGUUUGUAUUGUGUUAUGGUAGCCAAAAAUCUGGUUCUCCACGGGUGUUCCUGAGAAAAUUCCUGCUCUGGGAAUAUUUUUUGUCACUCCUUUUUUUGUUAGAUAUGCUUUUUCCAGCCUUCUGCUGGCAGCAUUUAGCUGGAAGUUACUAUUGUUAGGAAUGCUUUCAGACUGUAGCAUCCCAGUAAAGAAGUUAUUCUCUGGAGACUCAGUGAUACACAUAAACGAGAUAAUACUUUUUUUCUCUCCCUAGCUCAUAAAACAACUAAUGAUCUCUCUUUUGUCACUGCUGUGGGACAGAAGCAUUUAAAAUCCAUCCCAGUUAUGUCUUCAUCUACUGCAAAGAUUUGUAACGUAGUCUCAGGUUGGCUUUUUUCCUCUUUAUGUGGAGAUAAAUUCCAACAGGCUGGUAUAAAACACAUUCCCAGGUUAAUGAGUGGAGCAUGCAGGUGCUGCUGUGUUGAGCAGCACUUUGUGAAGCUCUGGAGGCUUCACUUGGAAGAAUAAUAAGGCCAGCAGGAUUCUGAAGGCUUCAAAUCCUCAAUUUUUGAAUGCUCAAUUUUAUAGCCAUAUAUAAAGAGCCAUAAACUCUUUGAAAUCAAUGCCACUAUUACUAUUUAAGCCAGUCACAGCCUGGCUAAAAGUUAUGUUAGAGGCUCAAGGUUUCACUUGAAAAGUGAAUGUAUGAUUUUUGUUGGGACUGCAGGAAGACUUUAGUGUCCUGUUGGCCUCCUUGUUCUAUUUUGGCUUCUUUUGAGACAUUGGUUUGAUUACUGUGUGCAUUAGUUAAGACUUUAGGUCCUUCAUACUUCUUUUGUUGUUUUUCUUUGUGGAAACUUGCAUAUAAUCUGAAAAACACUGAAGGUUUUAAAAAAUAACUUGAAGCAUUAUUAUUUACAAUUAAAUAAAAUAUCUGAAAAGCAGAUACUACUCUUAAGAAAUUGAGAUGGUUCCAUUGUUACAGCUCAGAGGGAGUGGAAGAAGACUGAUGCAGAAAUUCUCUCCAGCUCUUAGAAUUUAGAGCACAGAGUACCCUUUUAAUUAAAAGAGGGGAAUACGUGCACAUGUAACAGGGAGAGCUGGUUAUGUAAGAGGGAGAUAAUGAACUUGAGCCCAAGAACUGGAUGUCUCAGGUGACUGACAGUUCUAUCCACACUUCUGUGUCAAACUCUGUGUUCUCAGCAGAAAGGAAUGUUUUAUUAAACACUUGUUCCUGCGGGGAAGUGUGGUACAUACUGACCUGUGCCACGCCAGUGAUCCUCACAGAGGAGAUCCUGCCUGACUUAUUUACACAGUGCUGGGUGGAUUUUGGGGUUCUAAGGAUCAGGGGGAAGGCCAACAAAGCAGAUAUCCUGGUGGGAGUCUGUUGCAGACCACCCAGCCAGGAUGGAGAGGCAGGUGAAAUGUUCCAUGGGAAGUCUUGUGAUCCAUGCCCCCUUUCCUGUGGGAGACUUUAACUUGCCAAAUGUCUGCUGAAAAUACAACACAGCAAAGAGGAAACAGUCCAAGGGGUUCCUGGAGUGUGUGGGAGGUAAUUCCUGACCCAGCUGGUGAGGGAACAGGACGUGGUGAUGCCCCACUGGACCUGUCUGUGAGCAGAGGAGGGCUGGUGGGUGAUGUGGCAGCUGGAGAUCUCCUGGGCACAGUGAACAUGAGGUGAGAGGUUUUGGUUCUUGGGCAGAUGGAGGGGCGGCAGCAGAACUCCCCCUUGGAUUUCUGGAGGGCAGAGUGUGCUUGAGAGCUGGGCUGGCAGAGUCCUGUGGGAGGCAGCCCUGAAGGGCUGAGAAGUCCAGGAAGGCUGGGGAUCCUGAAGGAAAUCCUAAAGGCACAGCAGGGGCAGGCCAUCCAUCCCCCUGUGCCAAAGGACGAGCCAGAGGGGCAGGAGGACCGGCCUGGCUGAGCAGAGAGAUGUGCCUGGAGCUCAGGGAACAAAACAGGGUGUGUGACCUGUGGAAGAAAGGGCAGGCAGACCAGCAGGACUACAGGGAUGCUGUGAGGCUAUUCAAGGAGAAAUUACAGAAUCACAGAAUAAUGAGGUUGGAAGAGACCUCUAAGAUCAUCAAGUCCAACCUAUGCCCUACCACAACAACUAGGCUAUAGUACCGAGUGCCAUGUCCAGUCUUUUUUUAAACACAUCCAGAGAUGGUGAUUCCACCACCUCCCUAGGAAGACAAUUCCAGUAUUUUAUUAUUCUUUCAGUGAAAUUUUUUUUUCCUAAUAUCCAACCUAAACCUUCCCUGAUGUAGCUUGAGGCUGUGUCCUCCUGUUCUGUCAGUGCUGCCUGGUGGAAGAGGCCGACCCCACCUGUCUGCACCCGCCCUUCAGGAGUUGUAGAAGGGCCAAAGCCCAGCUAGAACUUAAUCUGGCUAUUGCUGCAAAAAAACAAUAAAAAAUAUUUCUGUAAAUACAGCACUAAGGAGAGUCUCCAUCCUUCCUUGGGUGCCAUCCUUUAUUUCCUACCAGAACAGCCCCAUUGUCACACUGUGACAUGAAAUAACUCACAGAAGCAGGCUAGAUGUAAAAGGAAAGAAAAAAACCCCAAAAACGUCGACUUUAUUUUCUGACUCCACUAUAUAUACAAUAGCCAAAGUGACAGUGGAUUGGAGGGUGAAACUGCCACUCUCCAACCACACUGCUCAAACCAACAGUCCAUCAGUUCUCCCCACCCACAAAGAAGAAUGCAAAACAAUCAUUAUUUACAUGAACAUGUGUGUGAGAAAACUCAGUUGAAAUAUGUAAAUAUCAGAAGGCAUAGGAACUUUUAGAAGAACUUUAAAACUCUCAAAAGUACAGGGCGACAGCCCCAUAGGGUGCAACUGCUCAGGAAUUUCUGUGUACACAUCCAUUUAUCAGGUAUGAUCAUGUGAAAAGCUGUUGGGAACUAGAAGUAGGCAGAAAAUGACACUGUGUCAUGUCCCCUGUGACAGCUGGUGACAGGCUGAUCGCUGCAGUGCCACACAGCACUGGGGAGUGCAUAAAUUAAGUGCUGAGUGCCACUGCAGUGAAUCAGGAGCUCUGCCAUUUGUGAACAGGGGCAGUGGCAUUUUCAGGGGCCGACUCCUGCUGCCCUCCUCUUAAAUGCCUGUUCCCAUAAAUACACAAAGGGGUUGUUGUGGUGUAUCCCACUGAGUGAUUUUUGUCAGCCCACGUAUCACUCUUCAUAUUACAUGUCUAAAAGUAUCAGGCUGAGCCUGCAAACAUAGCAAGUUUCACUUUAAUUCUGUUUAAUGCUUUUAUUUCUCUUUCUGUACAUAUUUCACGUAGCGUUUCUGAAGGAGUAAUUGUACUGUAGAGCACAAAAUUUAGCUUCAGUCUUGUUGUUACUUUGAAAUCUUAUGAAGAAUGAUAAUUUUAUGCAGUUGUCAGCUGUAGAACCUUUCUUUAAGAGAUUUAGAUUUCUGUUGAGACCUGUUGCCAGCGCUGUAAAACAAAGGGUGACCAGCCAGGAUGUGUCUGGGGGCUCUCAUGCAGCUCAGCCCAUGCCUAUCAAUUGCUUGUGUCCCUUUUUUCCUGGGUAUUUAUGGCUGCUGUCCACGUGGGGUGUGAAAAUGAGCUGCUUGGGAAGAGUGCAGGAUGGUUAAAGGUGGAGGGAUGACUUUGAGACUUCUCUGAGCUACCAAAACCCCAGUGUGCUGGAUCUCUGGGUGUGCUUCACUCUUUCAAGAAGAAAAAAAAAAAAAUUAGAAAAUGUCUUUUUCAGCAAGGCAACAUGGAAGCUUCUACUUUUUAAGGUUGAUGGGGUUUUCUACUUCAGUGGCAUCUGUGAUGUCUUUUGUUCUGACCCCGUUGUAGCUUAUUUUAGUGGCCCAUUUAGGGUAAUCAUUAUACAAACUCCUUUCUGUUACUUCUAGAAACAUGCUUUCCUGGCUUCAGUGAUAAUUAAAACCACCUUUCUGAAUGUGAAUAAGUUGAACAAUUUAAAAAAAAAAAUGGAAAUAAUUCCCUUAAAUUAUGGCAAAAGAAAAUUAAAGUUGAAACAAUUACACUGAUAUAUCUUAAAAGAAGAAGAUAACAAGUCCUGCAGUGGGGCCAAGCCUUUACCUGUGUCAGUAAAGAUUUAUCAAAUACCUUUUCUGAGUCAGCUGACCUUAUUGUGAGAUUCUGCCCUUGAACCUGUUACUGAAUUAUUUAACAUUUGGUUCUUUUGUUUUUCUAAGCAAGAGUCAAUGCAAGGUAUGAUUUUAAAUCAGCGUGCUCAAGUGUGCAUAUUCUGAAUAUCUAAUAUGUCAUUGUUGUCUCUUGUUUCUGUAAUGCAUUUGCAUUACUAUGAAUCAAUUUUAUUCUGCUUCUCUAGAGACUAUUGCUGCCUGCACGCUGUGAUAUAUUUGCACUGUUGUAGAUAUAUAUAUAUACAUAUGAUGUAAUUAUAUUAUACAAACCAUGUCUUCUUCAGGUUGCUUGUUACCUUUGUAGUUUAUGCUUCCUGGUACAGUGGACCUGAGCAAAAAUGUGGGAUGUGGGGCAUUCUGAUGAUAUAUUACAGUAAUAGAGAAAUCUUUGUAUAUUUCUGUAUACUUAAUACCUGUAAGAAGAGAUUUGUAUGUGCAUUAUUUUCCAAACUUAGGGCUUUGUUUUCUGAGACUAGAGAACAUUUAUGAUAAUGUAACACACACAAACACGCAAAAAAAAAUCAAAUAAAGUGUUAUUAUUUUCAGA